CGGGUCGAGCGCUCGGGCCUGCGCCAUCGCCGAGCCGCGGGGAGCAAGCGCCGCGCACUGCCGGGCUGGGCUGGCGGCCGCGACACCGAUAGAUUCUGUGACCAUGCGAGAGAGAAAGAGAGAAUGAUCCAUGAUUUUUAAGCGCCUUUUCCUGAGGAAGCAGUCAUGUUGGAAGGUCUUGUUGCCUGGGUCCUUAAUACCUACUUGGGGAAAUAUGUCAACAACCUGAACACUGACCAGCUCUCUGUUGCACUUCUCAAAGGUGCUGUUGAAUUAGAAAACCUUCCACUAAAGAAAGAUGCCCUGAAAGAACUGGAAUUACCGUUUGAAGUCAAAGCUGGCUUAAUUGGGAAAGUGACCCUUCAGAUCCCCUUUUACCGCCCACAUGUGGACCCAUGGGUGAUCUCCAUUUCCAGCCUCCACUUGAUUGGAGCCCCUGAGAAAAUACAGGACUUCAAUGAUGAAAAGGAGAAGCUGCUGGAAAGGGAGCGCAAGAAAGCACUGCUUCAAGCCCUGGAGGAGAAGUGGAAGAAUGAACGCCAGCAGAAAGGGGAAUCCUAUUGGUACUCUGUCACUGCCUCAGUUGUGACAAGAAUUGUGGAGAAUAUUGAAUUAAAAAUUCAAGAUGUCCACUUACGCUUUGAAGAUGGUGUUACCAGUCCUUCCCAUCCUUUUGCAUUUGGUGUCUGCAUUAAGAAUGUAUCCAUGCAAAAUGCCGUGAAUGAGCCUGUACAGAAAUUGAUGCGGAAAAAACGAUUAGAUGUGGCAGAGUUUAGCAUCUAUUGGGAUGUUGAUUGCACUUUGUUGGGAGAUUUGCCUCAGGUGGAGUUACAGGAAGCCAUGGCCAGGAGCACGGACAGUCGCAGUCACCACUACAUCCUGGAGCCUGUGUGUGCCUCUGCUCUCUUGAAGAGAAACUGUUCCAAGGAGCCCCUGAGGUCCCGGCACAGUCCCCGAAUUGAAUGUGACAUUCAGCUGGAGACCAUUCCCUUGACGCUGUCUCAGCUGCAAUACCGGCAAGUCAUGGAAUUCCUCAAGGAGCUGGAGCGAAAGGAGAGGCAGAUGAAGUUCCGAAAGUGGAAACCGAAGGUGGCAGUAUCCAAGAACUGCCGAGAGUGGUGGUAUUUUGCUUUGGAUGCUAACUUAUAUGAGAUCAGAGAGCAGAGGAAGCACUGUACCUGGGACUUCUUGUUGCACCGUGCCCGUGACGCUGUCUUUUACACCGACAAAUAUUUCAGCAAGUUAAAAGCAGGUGUGCUAUCUGCAGAUGACAAGGAGGAAAUGUGUCGGAUUGAGGAGGAGCAGAGCUUCGAGGAACUGAAGAUUCUGCGUGAACUGGUUCAUGAUCGAUUUUAUAAGCAAGAAGAACUAGCAGAGAGUCUACGAGAGCCUCAGCUGGACUCCCCAGGACCCUGUCCUGGGGACCUGGAUGCUGGUGGAGGCAGUGGGAUGCUGCAGUACCUGCAGUCCUGGUUUCCUGGAUGGGGUGGCUGGUAUGGGCAGCAGAGCCCUGAGGGGAAAGCGAUGGAAGGACUGUCAGCUGAGCCGCAUGAGCAGUGGACUCCCGAAGAGAUCCUGGGCACCGAGGAGUUUUUUGACCCUACUACCAGUGCCUCCUGUAUGAACACCUACACCAAGCGAGAUCAUGUCUUUGCCAAGCUGAAUUUGCAGUUGCAGCGGGGAACAGUGACUCUGCUACACAAGGAGCAAGGAGCGCCCCAUGUGGAGGAAAGUGCGUUCAUGCAGCUCGAGUUUUCAGAUGUAAAACUUCUAGCAGAAUCUCUUCCUCGAAGAAAUUCCUCCUUGCUUUUGGUCCGGUUAGGCGGACUGUUUCUUCGAGACCUGGUGACGGAAGGAACUAUGUUUCCUCUUCUGGUCUUCCCUAAUCCGCAAAAAGAAGUUGGCAGAGUUUCACAGUCUUUUGGUCUCCAAACCACAUGUGCAGACAGAAGUGAUCAAUGCCCUGCUGCAGACCCAGACGACCCAGUUUUUGAGAUGCUAUAUGAGAGAAAUCCAGUACACAGUCAUUUUGCGAGGCGGCUAAAUGUCAGCACGAGGCCGUUGAACAUCAUUUAUAACCCCCAGGCUAUUAAAAAAGUAGCAGACUUUUUCUACAAGGGAAAGGUUCAUACCUCAGGUUUUGGCUAUCAGUCUGAACUUGAGGUGAGAGUAGCUGAAGCAGCUCGAAGACAGUACAACAAGCUGAAGAUGCAGACCAAGGCAGAAAUCCGACAGACUCUUGAUCGUUUGCUAGUGGGGGAUUUCAUUGAGGAGAGUAAACGGUGGACUGUGCGUUUGGAUAUCUCUGCCCCUCAGGUGAUAUUUCCUGAUGACUUCAAGUUUAAGAAUCCUGUGUUAGUUGUUGUGGAUCUAGGGAGAAUGCUGCUAACCAAUACCCAAGUUGACUCCAAGAGCAAGAGUGGGGACAAGUCAGCCUCUGAGGAGAGUCAGUUCAGUGAUGACGAAUAUAAGACCCCUCUCGCCACACCUCCCAGUACCCCACCUCCAGAGACACACCAUGGAGAGAAGACACCCCCUUUUUCUGGAGUUGAAUUUAGCGAAGAGCAGCUUCAGGCACAUUUAAUGAGUACAAAUAUGUACGAGAGGUACUCUCUGUCGUUCAUGGACCUCCAGAUUAUGGUUGGACGAGUGAAGGACAAUUGGAAGCAUGUCCAGGAUAUCAAUGUUGGACCCACCCACGUGGUGGAGAAGUUCAACGUUCACCUGCAGCUAGAACGCCGGCUCAUUUACACUUCAGAUCCCAAAUACCCAGGGGCCGUGCUCUCAGGCAACCUGCCCGAUCUAAAGGUCCACAUCAAUGAAGAUAAGAUAUCUGCUCUAAAGAACUGCUUUGCUCUCCUCGCCACUCCAGAGAUGAAGACUUCUGACACUCAGAUUAAAGAGAAGAUUUUCCCUCAGGAAGUACAGCGGGGAAGCUUGCAGGACUCUGUAAUGAACCUAACCCAGAGCAUCGUGAUCCUGGAGCAGCACACCCGUGAGGUUCUGGUGGAGUCGCAGCUCCUCCUGGCCGAAUUCAAAGUUAACUGUAUGCAGCUUGGUGUUGAGAGCAGUGGCCGCUACAUUUCUGUGCUCAAGGUAUUUGGCACCAAUGCCCAUUUUGUGAAGAGACCUUACGAUGCUGAAGUCUCUCUGACUGUUCACGGCUUGCUCCUUGUAGAUACCAUGCAGACCUAUGGUGCUGAUUUUGACCUUUUGAUGGCUUCUCAUAAGAACUUAAGUUUUGAUAUUCCAACAGGAAGCCUCCUAGAUAGCAGAGCGCAGUCUCCUGUCUGUGGACCUAAUGUGGCUCGCUUAACUGACAUCGCCAUCCUGAAUGACCAGUCAGCAGCUAGUGUUCCACUUGAAAGAAUUCUCACCAAAGAACAAGAGUCCCUCAUUAAACUGGAAUAUCAGUUUGUGAGUUCAGAGUGCCCGUCCAUGAACUUAGAUAGCACUCUUCAGGUGAUCUCAUUACAGGUGAAUAAUUUGGAUAUUAUCUUAAAUCCAGAGACAAUUGUGGAGCUGAUUGGUUUUCUGCAAAAAUCGUUCCCCAAGGAAAAAGAUGAUUUGAGUCCUCAGCCUUUAAUCACUGAUUUUGAAAGAAGCUUUAGAGAACAAGGAACUUACCAGUCUACCUAUGAACAAAACACUGAGGUUGCAGUGGAGAUCCAUAGGCUUAACUUGCUGCUCCUCCGGACAGUUGGAAUGGCAAAUGGGGAGAAAUACGGCAGGAAAAUCGCAACUGCAAGCAUUGGUGGCACCAAGGUUAACGUCUCGAUGGGCAGCACCUUUGACAUGAAUGGUUCGCUUGGCUGUUUGCAGCUUACGGAUCUGACACAAGAUAACAUGAAGAACCAGUAUGUGGUCAGCAUUGGAAAUUCUGUAGGCUACGAAAAUAUUGUCAGUGAUAUUGGCUACUUUGAGUCUGUAUUUGUCAGAAUGGAAGACGCAGCCCUGACUGAAGCUUUGAGUUUUACAUUCGUUGAGAAAUCUAAACAGGAGUGUUUUCUUAAUCUGAAGAUGGCCUCAUUGCAUUAUAACCACUCUGCGAAGUUCUUGAAGGAGUUGACGUUAUCCAUGGAUGAACUAGAAGAAAAUUUUCGAAGUAUGCUGAAGAGUGCGGCCACCAAAGUCACCACAGUAUUGGCUACCAAGACAGCUGAGUACAGUGAGAUGGUGUCGCUCUUUGAAACUCCAAGGAAGUCCCGGGAGCCCUUUGUCUUGGAGGAAAAUGAGGUCUAUGGGUUUGGCCUAGCUUCGCCUCGUGCGGAUACCGUGAAACUCAUUUUGAACAUAAACAUCCAAUCUCCAGUCGCUUCCAUCCCCCGAAAGCCUGGGAGUCCUGAGCUGCUGGUGGGACACUUAGGACAGAUAUUCAUCCAGAAUUUUGUGGCAGGAGAUGAUGAAUCCAGGGGUGAUCGUUUGCAGGUGGAAAUCAAAGACAUUAAAUUAUAUUCUUUGAAUUGCACCCAAUUAGCAGGCAGAGAAGGUUCUGGGUCUGAAGUCGGUCGGACGUUUUGCCUGCCCUCCGGGUCCACUAGUGCUACCAGUCAGGAGGAAGCUCAUUUCACCAGACAUGAUUUCUUUGAAUCUUUGCAUAGAGGUCAAGCUUUUCACAUCCUGAAUAACACAACCAUUCAGUUUAAGCUGGAGAAGAUCCCCAUAGAGAGAGAAUCUGAAUUGACUUUCUGUCUCAGUCCAGACGGCCUGGGAACUGCUAGCAUCAUGAAGAUUGAAGGAAAGUUUGUCAAUCCAGUUCAGGUGGUGUUAGCCAAGCAUGUGUAUGAACAGGUUUUACAGACGCUGGACAACCUCGUGUACAGUGAAGAUCUGACUAAGUUUCCAGCCAGUGCUUCCUCCUCCCCUUGCCCUCAUUCUCCUCUGCCUGCCCUCAGUUCCUGUGGAGAACCUUCUGCAGAGAGGAAGGAGAAUGGAUUGUUCAGUCACUCAAGCCUCUCUAGCACCUCUCAGAAGUCCUUGUCCAUGAAGGAAGCCAAAGCCUUUACUCAGAUUCAAGCCAACUUUUGCAUAUCAGAACUUCAAGUUCAGUUGAGUGGAGAUCUGACCUUGGGAGCCCAAGGUCUGGUGAGCUUAAAGUUUCAGGAUUUUGAGGUGGAAUUCAGUAAAGACCAUCCUCAGACAUUAUCCAUUCAGAUUGCCCUGCGCUCUCUCCUGAUGGAAGACCUGUUGGAGAAAAAUCCAGAUUCCAAAUAUAAGAACCUCAUGGUGUCUCGAGGUGCUCCCAAGCCAUCAAGCUUAGCACAGAAAGAGUAUCUUUCUCAGUCUUGCCCUUCAGUAUCUAAUGUGGAGUAUCCUGACAUGCCUCGGUCUCUCCCUUCCCACAUGGAGGAAGCUCCUAAUGUCUUUCAGUUGUAUCAGAGACCCACCUCUGCAUCCCGGAAAAAGCAAAAGGAAGUCCAAGACAAGGACUGCCCCUUGACCCCACCUCCUUCUCCAACAGUAGAGGAACCCAAGGUGCUUGCUGGAAAGGGUAAAUUUGAUGAUUCGCUGGUACACAUUAACGUAUUCUUGGUGGAUAAGAAGCAUCCAGAAUUCUUUUCGCGUUACAGUCGGGUGAGCCGGAGUAUCGACGUUGACUUUAAUUGCUUGGAUGUGCUGAUCACGCUGCAAACCUGGGUUGUGAUACUGGAUUUUUUUGGAAUCGGCUCCACUGCAGACAACCAUGCGAUGAAGGUGCCACCUGAGGAUAUUCUACAAAAUGUGAAGUCAGAAUCUAGUGCUUUAGUAGGGUCUGAGCUUCAGGAGCCCAUUAACACCAAACUGGACCUCAAGGUCCAUUCCCUCUCUCUUGUACUGAAUAAGACCACCAGUGAGCUUGCCAAAGCAAAUGUGUCCAAAUUAGUAGCACACCUGGAAAUGAUUGAGGGAGACCUGGCCUUACAGGGAAGCAUUGGAAGUCUGUCUCUGAGCGACCUCACAUCCCAUGGAGAGUUCUACAGGGAACGGUUCACUACCAGUGGAGAAGAAGCUCUCAUCUUCCAGACCUUUAAGUAUGGGCAGCCUGACCCUCUGCUCCGGAGAGAGCAUGACAUCUGCGUGAGCCUGCAGAUGGCCUCCGUACAGUAUGUGCAUACUCAGCGCUUUCAGGCAGAGGUGGUGGCCUUCAUCCAGCACUUCACUCAGCUGCAAGAUGUCUUAGGGCGCCAGCGAGCUGCCAUUGAGGGCCAGACGGUUAGAGACCAGGCUCAGCGCUGCUCUCGGGUUCUCCUAGAUAUUGAGGCUGGUGCUCCUGUUCUGCUCAUCCCAGAAAGUUCCAGGUCAAAUCAUCUUAUUGUGGCAAAUUUGGGGAAGUUGAAAGUAAAGAACAAGUUUCUCUUUGCUGGUUUUCCUGGGACCUUUUCCUUACAAGAUAAGGAAUCUGUGCCUUCAGCUUCCCCAGCAGGUACACCCAAAUACAAUAUGAGGAAAAUGACAAAUACAGAGGAUGCCACAGGGCCUCAGUCACAGGGGCUGUUCAUGACACCUCCAGCUGGAACAGGCCUAGGCAACGUGAAGACUGAGUUUGUGCCCAGUGCCUCCACUAAACAACGAGGGCAGCAAGCCACAACAUCUAUCAGCCAUGGUUCCAGUAAUCCAGAAGACCACAUCUGCCUGCUGGAUUGCAUUGUCGUGGAUCUACAGGAUAUGGACAUCUUUGCUGCAGAGAGACGUCCACGAGAGUACUCUAAAACCUCAGAGGACAGUAGUGGAGAUCUGAUCUUCCCCUCCUAUUUUGUGCGGCAGAUAGGAGGAAGCCUCUUAACUGAGCCUUGUAGGCUGAAAUUGCAGGUGGAAAGAAAUUUGGACAAAGAAAUAAGUCAUACUGUUCCAGACAUAUCUAUCCGUGGCAAUCUCUCUUCAGUCCACUGUUCCCUGGAUCUGUAUAAAUAUAAGCUGAUCCGAGGCUUAUUGGAGAAUAACCUUGGAGAGCCUGUAGAGGAGUUUAUGCGGCCUUACGAUUUACAAGAUCCUAGAAUUCACACUGUUCUGAGUGGAGAAGUGUACACUUGCAUGUGCUUCCUCAUUGAUAUGGUUAAUGUAAGUCUGGAGCUCAAAGAUCCAAAAGGAAAAGAAGGUGCUGGGUCCCUGGCCAGAUUCGACUUUAAGAAAUGUAAACUGCUCUAUGAGAGCUUUUCCAACCAAACCAAGUCCAUUAACUUGGUUUCCCAUUCUAUGAUGGCUUUUGAUACCCGGUAUGCUGGACAGAAGACCAGCCCUGGCCUGACUAAUGUAUUCAACUGUAUCUUUCAACCUUCUAAGAACAGUAGCAGUACCCAGGGGUCCAUUCAGAUUGAACUUCAUUUCAGAUCUACAAAGGAUUCCUCCUGUUUCACAGUAGUUCUCAACAAUCUCCGUGUGUUUCUCAUAUUUGACUGGCUACUAUUGGUCCAUGAUUUUCUCCACACUCCCAGUGACAUUAGGAAACAAAAUGUUACUCCUUCUCGACACCAUAACUCCAGCAGUGAAUCUGCUAUAGUUCCCAAAACUGUUAAGAGUGGAGUAGUUACCAAGCGGUCUUCCCUUCCUGUGUCCAAUGAAAGGCUGCUGGAGGUCAAGGUCAACGUAACAGGUACAGAAUUUGUGGUCGUUGAAGAUGUGUCCUGCUUCGAUACCAAUGCCAUUAUUCUGAAAGGCACCACAGUGCUCACCUACAAACCACGCUUUGUUGAUCGUCCCUUCUCAGGAAGUUUGUUUGGCAUCGAGGUGUUUUCGUGCCGACUAGGGAAUGAGCAUGAUACCGCUCUUUCAAUUGUUGAUCCAGUACAAAUUCAAGUGGAACUGGUGGGGAAUUCUUCUUACCAGAAUAGUUCCGGAUUGAUGGAUGCAUUUAAUAGUGAAGAUUUUCCACCUGUCCUAGAGAUUCAGUUGCAAGCCCUGGAUAUCAGACUCUCCUAUAAUGAUGUUCAGCUCUUUCUUGCCAUUGCAAAAUCCAUCCCAGAGCAAGCUAAUGCUGCAGUGCCGGACUCAGCGGCCUUGGAAGCUGACUGUGUCCUCAGUUACCCACCAGGAGCAUCUCGUGUGGGAGAGGAAAUCAGAGAAGGGAGAAGACAUGCCUUAGAUCCUGUUUUGGAGUUACAACUGGCUAGACUUCAGGAGCUGGGGUUCAGCAUGGAUGAUUGCCGCAAGGCUCUUUUGGUGUGUCAAG